CGUUGUCCAGUCACAAUCGAGAUUUUCAGUAAACUAAAAGAGAACGUUUUUUUGUCGUCGUUCGUUAAUUCAUUCGUGGCUCUUAUCUUGCGCAUUGUUCAUCAUAUAAUUUAUUAAAUUAUUACGUCGAGGAAGUCAUCUGAUUAAUUUGAUCGAAUUUGUUUAUUAUUCUGCUUUGUCAUUUCGAUUGAUUUUAUUCUCUCUUACACUCACUUUGCGCAAAAGGCUAACAUGGACGGUAAUAAAGAUGAGGCAGAAAGAUGUAUUGAACUUGCUGAACGUUAUUUGCGUGAAAAAAAAUUCGAAGAUGCGGAAAAAUUCAUACGUAAAGCACAAAAGCUUUAUCCAACGCAAAAAACAGAAGAUCUAUUAACAAAAGUUACAUCUCUAUUAAAACAAAAUGUGAAAACUGAAUCAGAACCUACCAUUAGAAAGAGACAUACUGUUAAUAAGGAAAAUUCUCAAGCUCAAGCUACUACUGAAUAUACAAAAGAUCAACUUGAAGCUGUAAAAAGAAUUAAGAAAUGUAAAGAUUAUUAUGAAAUUUUGGGAGUAAGUAAAGAUGCAACAGAUAGCGAUAUUAAAAAAGCUUAUAAAAAGUUGGCACUUCAAUUACAUCCUGACAAAAACAAAGCUCCAGGAGCUGCAGAAUCAUUUAAAGCCAUUGGAAAUGCUGUUGCUAUUCUUACGGAUGUUGAAAAACGGAAACAAUAUGAUCUUUAUGGUCCUGAAGAGGAACGACUACAAAGUAGUCAAGCUCGUCAGAAUCAUACGCAUUAUAAUUACACACGAGGUUUUGAAGCUGAUAUCACAGCCGAAGAAUUAUUUAAUAUGUUCUUUGGUGGAGGAAUACCUCAGCAAGAAUUUUAUAUGAGACGUACAGGUGGUAGGUGGAUGAGACAGCAAGAAGCACAAGCUCAAAAUGCUCAUUCUCAGCAAGCAAAUGGAUAUACCACAUUUGUCCAAUCAUUGCUUCUUUUGUUGUUAAUAUUGAUAUCUAUGAUGAGCAGUUUUUUUAUAUCAGAUCCUAUAUAUAGUCUACAUCCUAGUGCCAAAUAUUCUAUAGCAAGGAAUACCAAGCAAUUGAAUAUACCAUAUUAUGUCAAGGAAAAUUUUCAUACCGAAUAUCAAGGCAGUUUGCAUAGAUUAGAAAUAUCCGUUCAGGAAGAAUUUUUAUUGAACUUGAGACAAGCAUGUUAUAGGGAAAGAAAUUACAAAGACGCACUGUUAUGGAAGGCUCGUAGUUUUCAAGAUCAAGAGAUGUUUAUUAAAGCUAGAAACAUUGAUACACCUUCUUGUAAAAGAUUACAAACUUUGCAAGCUUCAUAGCAUAUUCAUGUAACUCAUUAGAAUUGUGUUGUAGAUAGAUGUAUAUUAUAUUCACGCGUGCAUAUUUAUUUUGAGUGUGACGCAGGACGUUGAGUUAUAUGUUCGUAUCUACUGUCAUACAUCGCGCGCCUUGCAUAGCCUGUCAUUAAUAAUAUGGACCAUGCAUGAUGUUUGAUCCGUAUCUAAAUUGUUAAUUGUUUGCUAGAAAAUUAAAUUUGAAUAGUCCA